CCGGCCCCGGGGGACCCGCUCCCUCCCGGGGCUCCCUCCCUCCCUCCCGCCGCCGGACCCGCCGGCCAUGGGCUGGAGCCGCCGGACCCUCCUCUUCCUCACCUUCGCCUGGGCGCUUUCCUCCUGCCUUGCUGAAGUGUCCCUGGGGGUCGAACCGUCUCCAGAAACCACAUCCUUCCACCAUACGGAUACUUCUGCUCCACCGCUUUCCCUUUAUCAGUCUUCACCCCAUGAAGGCACCACUGUUCAUUUUAACAGCACAGGCUCUCUUGAAACAACACCCCUAAGCCAUGGCACAGCUGUGAGGACAACAGCACCAGCCCAUCACGUGUCAGAAGACACCACCACACAAGUGACCGGCCAGACCUCUCCCGUGGUGGUGUCCACACCAUCAGCAGACGAUGCAACCGCAGCCACUCAAGCUACAACCCAGGCGAUGGGAGCGGGAACACCUGCAGAGAACACCACAACCAUUCCCCCUGUGUCCUCAACCGAGCAAACGAGAACUUAUGUGAGCACAAACAUGACGAUGGCACCCACAAACACAACCGUAAAUCAUACUACCCCAAACACACAGAUGACAACUGCUGCCAUGACUGCUACAGCCACCACCACCCAGACCGUAAAGCCCACCACAGGGUCAGGAAACCAAACAACAGCACCUAAAAGUCCAACCACGACCAACAUGACGACCGUUCGUCCAGGGACUCAAACGGCCGCCCCAUCCACUACGACGGCAGCGAGACCGACUCUGGCACCGCAACCUUCUGCCAUCCCCACCGGCACCUACACCGUGGCCAGCGGGAACAGGACCUGCAUCAAAGCGGUCAUGGGGCUGCAGCUGAUGGCUCAAAAUCCCCAGGAGAAGCGGAUGCAGUACCUGGCUGUCAACCCCAACGCCACCCAGACCUCGGGCAGCUGUGGGACGGCGCAGGCCGAGAUGAACAUCACUUUCAGCGGAGGGUUUAUAAACUUCACUUUUGUAAAGCAACCCCCAAUGUACUAUGUCAGUAAAAUUGAGAGCGGAUUGCAGUCAUUUUCUGGAGGUAUGCUUUACUACGCGGCCAUACGUGACAAGCUGUUUACCACAACGCUGGGGAAUUCCUUUAAGUGUGUCAGCAAGCAAAUCUUCGCCUUGGAGAAUCACUUCCAGCUGCUCUUUGUUAACAUGCAGCUGCAGGCGUUCGAUAUUGCGGGCAACCAGUUUGGAAAAGAAGAAGAAUGUUUUCCUGACAGGAACAGCAGAGCAGCUCCCAUCGCGGUGGGCCUGAGCAUCCUGGGACUCUUUGUCAUUGUGUUUGUCACCUUCCUCAUUUCCCGGAGGAAGCCGCACAGGGGAUACGAACGGAUCUGAGGUGCCCUUGGAUUUCCAGAUGUGUGUAGCAAGGAGGGAGGUGACUGGAGUUUUUAGCUUCUGCCUGGGAAUCUCACUGCCCCAAAGCCACCUUUUCAGGUGGGACAACACCGUGUGUUUAAAGCUACUGAAUGUUUCUGGGAGCGAUUUCUUUAAGGAGGGAAGGAGAGAAUUCACACCUUCUACUUUAGACUCUUCUUAGUAUCUCAUUUAGAAAGCAGAUUUUUAUACUCAAUUAAAGUAUUUGCUUUUUUAAAAGGAGAGAAGGGCUGAGGUGUCCAGCAGGGAAGGUAAAUAUAUGGAGGAGCUUCCAUUCCAAAGGGAGCCCCUGCCUGCAGUAGGGGUGUUAUGGUCCCACACCCUUCCAUGGGGACGUUUUCACAACAAAUGCUGCCAAAACUCAGUCCUGCACGUGAUCUGACCCUGAGCCCUUCUGACACCUGGUCAAUAGGUUUCUCCCAUUCAAAUCUAAAUCCCAUUUCACAUGUUCUUUUAUUUACAUGAUUGGUGCAGUUCGUUGCUCCUACUGAUAUGGAUAUAGCAUCUUCUUGUCAUGUUCUGUGCUUAAAAAUCUCUUUAUGUUAAUAUUCACUCUUUUAACAUUUGAUAUCAACAUGAGGAGAGAAAGCUGUUCUUAAUGACUGAUAACUCUUUGUUUUUUUAAUCUUGUGACAGCCUCUGGCAUUUUUACCAAUGAUGCAAAGUUAAUGUUUUUUUUUUUCCCCAGACUAUUUUUCUUUCUGCAGUGAAUCAAACAGUUGGUAUUGAACAAUAUUUGGCUUCAGGUUUACCUGAUUUUUUUUUCUUACGCUUUUUAUUGCUAUGAUUUGUUUGCUAUUUUUGUGAAGCUACACAUGGCCCUUUCUGGAGGACUAACACUCGGGGCUGGCUCUGGACGG